UCGAAACAGCCGAUUUUUUUACUGCAGCAGGUUUUUUUCACGCGAUUUUUUUAGAAGCCGUAUCGCUUUUGGGAAACUUUGAUGUUACCUUUAGGUUACAUUUGAGCAUAUCUAUCCUUAUACAAAGUUUGAUUUUUCGUUGGUAUGCCCCUUUGAGCUGUAGUGCAUAAUAGAUUAAAACCCUUUCCUUUGUAUAGCCACAUACACGCAUUCCAAUUUUUCCCUCGCUCGGUUACGCUUCGAUUAGGAGUUAAGCGUUAUGCUAUCGUAAAAAAAACAAUAGCACUCUCUAUUUUAUAAUUUUUUGCUUUUCGUACAGAUUGGUAUAUAGUUAUACACCAGCAAUCGUAUACUUUUAAAUAUGCCAUCAAAGCAAUAUUUAGACGCUGCGGAUCUUGCCGUGGUAGCUGCUUAUUUUGUGGCCAUCGUUGUAGUAGGAGUAGUGGCGAGCUGUCGGUCGAAACGUGAUACGAUACAAGGUUACUUUCUUGCUGGACGAAGUAUGAACUGGUUUAUGGUCGGUGCGUCUCUCUUUGUCAGUAACAUCGGUAGCGAACAUUUUAUUGGACUUGCUGGGUCUGGUGCAUCGGGUGGUAUCGGUGUCGGUGCUUGGCUGCUUAAUGGACCGAUCGUUAUACAACUUCUUGGCUGGAUCUUCGUGCCCGUUUAUAUCGCAUCGGGUAUAUGUACAAUGCCGGAAUACCUAGAGCGCAGAUUCGGUGGUAAACGACUGCGUAUUUAUUUGGCUGUUCUCACUCUUAUACUUUACUGCCUUACUAAAAUAUCGGUAAACCUAUACGCUGGUAGCUUAUUUCUGCAGCAAUGCAUGGGGUGGGGUCUUUAUUCUUCCGUUACAAUUUUGUUGGCUGUAACUGGUGUACUUACUGUUACAGGCGGACUAACGAUGGUUAUGUAUACUGACUCGUUGCAAGCUGUUAUAAUGGUCUUGGGCGCCGCCUACCUAACUAUACAAGGUUUUAUGCAAGUGGGCGGCUAUUACUCGAUGAAGGAACAGUACUUGCAAGCAACACCUAAUCUUACUUAUGUACAGCAAGUAUACAACGUAACCAUGAACGUUACAGACUCAUGUUUCCCAAAACCAAACCCUCAAUCUUUCAAAAUGUUUAAGGGGAUAAACGAUCCAAAACUUCCUUUAUUUGGUUUUAUCUUUGGACAAACCCCGUCAACUCUAUGGUACUGGUGUACAGAUCAGGUCAUUGUCCAACGAGCGCUUGCCGCCCGUAGUCUAUCUCAUGCUCAAGGAGGGACAACACUGGCUGGGAUAAUAAAAGUUCUCCCGCUUUAUAUAAUGGUGAUGCCGGGAAUGAUAUCCAGGGUUUUGUAUCCAAAUGAUGUUGCUUGUGUUCCUGGUAAACACUGCCUUGACGUUUGUGGAAGCGAAGUCGGUUGUUCUAACAUCGCAUAUCCAAGGUUGGUCCUUGGUAUAAUGCCAUCAGGUGCGCGUGGUUUAAUGAUGGCUGUGAUGAUCGCCGCCUUAAUGAGCGACCUGGAUUCCAUCUUUAACAGUUCAAGUACAAUAUUUACUCUCGAUCUUUGGAAACGAUUGAGGAAAUCGGCUUCAAACACCGAACUUAUGAUCGUUGGAAGAUUAUUCAUCGUUGUUCUUGUUGGAGUCAGUAUAGCGUGGGUACCGAUUGUUUUGCAGUUUCAAGCUGGAGAAUUAUUUUUCUACAUCCUUGAAGUCAGCAAUUACAUUUCUCCACCGAUUGCCGCAAUCUUUCUUACCGCUAUAUUCUGGCCACGAUGUACUGAAAAAGGAGCAUUCUACGGCGGGCUAAUAGGCAGUGCCCUAGGAAUCGCCAGAUUGGUCGCAAUAUUUCUAUUCAAACCUCCUAAAUGUGGAGAAGCUGAUACUCGCCCGGCGUUUCUUACAAGUCUACACUAUAUGUAUUACGCUGCCAUUAUAUUCACUGUUACAGCGAUCGUGGCAGUUAUUGUUAGUCUGUUCGCUGAACAGCCAGAUCCAGAUUCUAUAUCCAGACUGACUUAUUGGUCCAGAAAUGAUCCUGCACCGAUAGCUGAGGAAAUAGAAUUAAAACCAAUUACCGAAGACUGUCAGCAAACGCAGUUUGAUGUCGAUGAUCCCAACUUUGAUGUAAACGACCCGACGGACAUUGCAUCCAGCAAAAAUGAAACCAAUUUGUGCCUGGUCUUUCUCCGCGCAUGCGCACGAUUCAUAUGUGGCAUAAAGGAUUCUGCGCAGGUUGCAGAAAAUGCUGUUGUUUUCCCCUCUAUAAAGCAAAACAGAAGAGAAAAGUUAUUUUUACGUGUUUGUCUUGUUGUUUCAUUAAGCGUACCGUUAUCACUUUAUAUAAUUUGGUCAGUGUAAUCACGGUCAGCUAUUUUUAUUAUACUGUGGGGUGGGGUAAGAUGGGACACCUUAUGGUAAAGAACAAAGAGAAUUG